AUUCUGAAUAAUUAACUAGCAGCUGGACAGAAUUCUCAUGCAGAAUUUCAUUCAGAGUUAUAUCUCAUUCAAUGAUAUCCCAUUCUGAGAGCGAUUAUAUCUCAAAGUAGAAUAUAUGCUGGUUACAGAUCCCGUUCUUCCUCAGGGCUGAUUGCAUUAUUUAAUUAAUAUCCAUUGAAGACAAAUUAAAACUUAAAGACCCGCAUAUGGAGUCUAGCGCACAUUCCCAGUGACGUAAUUUUGCCAAAACAGACUCUCCCAUGCAUAGUGCUAUGCAUUGCACAGUUUCUAAGACAUUGAAUAAACGUUCCUAUUUUCGAGAUUUCUAGCGAGUGUCCUGGCAUUGCUCGCAGCAGAUGCCGUUACGUCAUGGAAUGUGAUGUAAGACAACAAAGGUCAAACGUAAUUCUAUGUGUAUGCGAGACCUACUACUAUAGUACACAUGAACAAAAGCCCUUCAAAGACGUUGCUGGCAUUGCCGGAAACAGGCCUAUUGAAUGUGGCAGCUCUUCGAUGGGUGAACUGGCCACUGUCAACAUGCAAAAGAAUGUAGGCAUGUUUACAAGACAUGGCUAUACAAAAAAAAUUCCUUCCCUUUUCGAUGUCGCCUGUAAUAAACGACACACUCUGCACAUACUGUCCGACGCCAGAAACUGGCAGUUUAAAUUCCGUGGAGAUCCAAUGCACCGUUACAGAUUGAAAUAUUUGGGUGUGAGCGAAGGCGGGUUCGACCGGCAGGAAAUCACAUUGUUGCUGCAAUGCAGGAGAAGUCCGGAAGACGACGACAAUCUAUCACAAUCUUACUUUGAACCUCUAUGGAUUUGGCGUGCACGAAGCAAAUUCAAUGGAUAUCAGAAGAUCGUUGUCUUGGAGAUCCUCUCCUACGUAUAGGAUACACACCACAAAAAGACAGACAGACAGACAAACACACGCAUGCAUGCACACACACGCACACGUGCUCACACACACACACACACACACACACACACACACACACAC